AAGUGUUCAAACACACACCACCCUUUCCUCUCUAUUUGUGCUGACACUGAAAUCUCUCCUCACAAUACUCCAAACUUACAGCAAACUCUAUCCCAACUCUAUUCUACAGGUAGCAAAGUCCCUUCUGGAUUGAAGAGCAGCGCUUCACUCGCACGGCUCACACUCUCAGAUUCAUCAGGAUGUGGAUGGUGCUGCUGGGACUCGUGUCUGGAUUACUGGCCUCCUCCAGAUCAGAGGCGACCGCAGUUGUCAGAUUGGUGAAUGGACCCAACGUCUGUUCUGGAAGAGUGGAGGUUCUCCACAAUGGAAUAUGGGGAGCAGUGUGUGAUGAUUCCUGGGAUUCUACAGAUGUGGCAGUGGUGUGUAGAGAAAUGGGCUGUGGGAGUGUUAUAAAUGCAACGACUAAUGCUUAUUUUGGACGAGGUUCUGGAAAAAUAUGGUUAGAUGAUGUCCAGUGCCAUGGGGAUGAAUCUACACUGAAAGACUGUUCAUCAAGUGGAUGGGGAAUACAUAACUGUGGGUACAGUGAAGAGGCUGGAGUCAUCUGCCAAGCGUCUACUCCAGUUCUCUGGACACAAACCAGUGCCACAGUGAGCCCAGUGGAGGACAAUGAGACCGAUCAGACAGACGAUACAAACUAUACAGAGCAUACAGAGGAGUCCACAACCUCACAACCAACUACACACACCACAGAGCUGGCAAUGAGCGAGAGAACACCAGCCAAUAAAACAGUUUCAGGAGAUGUCAACCCAAUCAACACGUCUUCAGGAUCAGAUACGGACAUGUCAUUAAAAUGGCUGAUCAAUGUACUGACAAUGCUGGCAGUUCUCCUCAUUGUGCUUAUCUGUGUUAUUGUAGCAAGAAAAAGAUGGUGUGGCAAGAAACAGAGCAGCAGUGCACAAAAUGGUGCACCAGCGUCAGUCACUCGGGAGCAGGAGAUGGUCACACUCGUCAACAAUGAAUAGAUCAUGAGGAAGAGCAACUCAGAGCUUGUCAACAUCAAUCUGGAUGAGCCGACAGAGAAAACAUUCUAAAACUUGACCAGAGAAAGUGAUAGAAAAAAAAAAAAAAGACACUCUGAGACUAAGGGCCAGAUUUACUAAACGGUGCAAAUUAGUGUGAGAGCGCAAUUCCACAAACAUGUAGAUGGGAGUGGCAAGUUUUGCGCAUGAUCUACUGCUGAUCUAAUGCAAAUUAAAGAACACAGACGCAGUCAAAUCAUUUACAUAAUGACCAACACAAUCUACCAACAGUGCAAAGUAGCCUUGGGUCACAAAUAAGCAGAGCUGAUGCACUCAUCAGGUGCGGGUCGACACAGGCGCAACUUGUUACCUGUAAUAUACGGAUAAUGUCUUCCUCUGGCAUUCAAAAUAAAUUAAUACGAGAGGAAAAUAUUUUCUCCCUUUUUCCACAUGCUCUCUGUUCUCUGCGGUGUC